AUGUCUGGGUCCCCAAGAGAGCACUUGCUGCAUAGCACAGGCAACAGCAAUGGUGCUGUUUUCGAAAAGCCAGCAAAAACACCCGCUGAUUACGUCUCGUACAAGGCCCACGAGACCACCGAUGCCCGCAUCGCCAGAGGGCAACAGGAGUCCGGAAACAGCCCUCCGAAACCGCGCCAAACAGAGCAACAAAGUCGCCCAGGGUCUCGGCAGAGCCAGGCGGAACAGAUCGGUCCCGAUGGCAGCUCCAGAAGCUCCCAUUUGACCGAGCCAGAGCAGGCGCAGGACCGCCCAUUGAGCCGGAACCAGGGCGGCAAGAACAGUGCCUUGGGCCGCAAGCCACACCCGCGGAAACCGACCCACGCCCGGUCCCAGUCACACACCAAGCCCCACACGCGGCUUUUGCUGCCGGCGGGGUCCAGCAAGCCGCCGUUGAGCCGGUCCAAGUCGACGGACGGGAUCAUCCCCAAAACACGCCCGGGUGUCAAGCGGAACCCGCGGUCACACACGAAAUUGACCACGUUGCAAACACCCACGAAGGCCGCGCUGAACGGCUCGCUCAACCGCGCGUUGGGCGCGCUCCAGCCGCUCACAAAAACGGUCCUGAGGGACUCGUCCAAGCUGUACGGGCUCCGCAAAACCGUGCUGAACGGCUCGGGCAGGUGCACGCCACAGGCAGUGGUGAAGAGCGGGCUGAGCCAGUCGAUCAAGUCAAACAAGUCCGCGUGCUCGUUGAAAAGCAUGAACACGGCGGUGCGCACCACCAACCGCUCCAACACUUCGUUGAAGGCGCUCCCGGGCAUCGGCUCUGCCGGGCCCACGGGGCUCAAGAUCAGCUCCAAGCGUGGCAAGACCAUCUUGAAGUUGAACGAGGACGAUAUGUACGACGACUAUGAGGAUAUGAGCGGGUCUUCGGGAAACGAGGACAGCGCCGGCCACGCGCCACAAGUCCCGCAUCCCGAGGAGCUGUACGCAGCAGACACCUCGGCCGGUGAGCAGCUCGGGGACCGUGCGGAAGCGUACGUCCUGAACGAGCCGGAAAACCCCCAGGACCACCUGGGCCAGCUGGACCAGCCCAGCCCAGCGGAUAUGGAGGUGCUCCGAUCCCCAGAAAGUGCCGUGCGCGAGCCGCAAGCAGCCCUGCUGACGAUGGCAGAGCCCGAGCCGGCGAGCACCACGCCAGGCGCCCAGGAUCCCAGGCAAACCGGCGAGGGAAUGGACGUCCAUCCAGGGCUCAAGCGGAACUUGUACGGCGGCUCGUUCCUCCUCUCGCAAUCGACCGGAAUGACCCGCAAAAUCGAGCCCUCCAGCGAGAUGCUCCGGUUUGCGGCAUCCGAACAGGGAGCCAUAGGCGACAACGCGGCUGGGCCCGGGGCCACCGCCACCCACGGGUCGUAUCAGCCAAGCCAGACGAUCUUCAGCAAUCUCCAGCGCAACGACUCCAAGUACCUCUCGAACAUCAAACUGCAGCGACAGCAGGGUGGUGCAACCAACACAUCUGCGCUGACGCUGGAGCCGAAGAAAGACUUCUCGAGCUUCCUCAACAACCAGCCGGGCGCAAACGGCCACAACAUCGAGACUCGGACGCAACAGCGGCUUUGGCUCCAGCGAGAAAACUCCUUUUUGGACGUCAGCACGAACAUGGAUGCGAACCACGUGAGCAACUUCUCCAACUUGUCGUUGAACAAGCUCAUGUUUGCACAUAACUACAACAACAGCAACAGCGUUGCGAGCUCAAGGCACACCCCGGGCUCCAUGGCCAACCGCAUCCAGAGCCUUGAAGCAGGAUCCACCAACGGCGACUCACUCUCUCCUACGCAGCACGACAUGUCCGCGAACACGGCAAACAUGUUGUAUGUCAUCCAAAGCGGACAGCAAAACUCUAUCCAGUCGCGGACAGAGUUCGAACGGCUCAACCGCGAGUACGUAAAUGUGCGCCGGCACUUGAACCCGGUGGCCGAGAGCUUAAACCGAGUGGAGAAGUAUGGGCUAGACAAGAAAAGCUUGGAAAUGCCCAAGAAAGCCGACAAGAAAAGCACGUACGCGACCAACACCAACGCAAACACCUUCAAAGAAUUUGCGCCGUCAUGGGAGAAAAACGAGGGCGACUCGAUCUUGUUGCUCAACAAGCUCUGGCAGGACGCUUUGAUCCUGUCCUCCUCAUCCACCUUGUCCGCCAGGAUUCUCCAGCAGGAGCAACAACGUCAACACCAGACGCAACAGCUACAAAGCGACAUCCCCAAUAGUCCCCAUGAUCUUGUGGGCACAAACCACAUGAAGGAACAGCGCCGGAACCUAGGGAGCAAUAUGGCGCGAGCACCAGCGCCACGGGCAGUCCAGUUGGUCGCAGGACAGACAGGUCUGGACCUGGGGACCCGGCUCCGCUGA